GAUUCCAACAUCACAGCGCAUGCGUUAUCUCAGACUUUACGGAAGUUACUGCGGCUAAAAGAAACGAGGCUUGUUUCUUACUAUCCAUCUUCUUUUUGGUGCUACUACGUCCGAACCUACCUACCAACAUGACUGAAGAAUUCAGGGCGUCAGAAAAGCAGAUCCUCGAUGCCAAGCAGGCAUUUUGUAACGUUGACAAAAAGAAGGAGGGAACAGUGUCAUGUAAAGACUUAGGCGCCAUCUUCAAGUCUCUCGGUCUGUUGGUGAAGGACGACAAAAUCAAGGACUGGUCCGACGAGAUGGACGAGGAAGCCACGGGCAGACUGAACUGUGACGCAUGGAUACAACUUUUCGAGAGGAAGCUUAAGGAAGACUUGGACGAGAGGGAGCUGAAGGAAGCCUUCCGAGUGCUCGACAAGGAGAAGAAGGGAGUGAUUAAGGUGGAUGUAUUAAGAUGGAUCCUUAGCAGUUUAGGUGAUGAAUUAACAGAAGAGGAAAUAGAGAACAUGAUUGCAGAAACCGACACUGACGGAAGUGGAACUGUAGAUUAUGAAGAAUUCAAAACUUUGAUGAUUGGUGCUUGAUUAGAGAACAUCAAGAAAGCGUGUCCAAUCAGAUUAAGUGUUGGUAGCUGACCCUGGGAGGUGACACUGGGUACGGCUAUAGUCACCAUAGCCACGGAGCCUUAAUAAUAACACGAUCUUAAAUCAUAAGGGAUUAUCAUCAAUAACCAUUAACUCUGCAUCGAGCAACCAUAUACACGACCUCGUGUGUAUCACAUACAUACCCUCUUGCCUGCUGUCACUCAAAGCACUUGAAUAACUAAAUCAGAAAUACCGGUAAGAUACACAAAUUCAUUCCCUGACUUUGUAUAUCGUCACCCGGAGUUAACCAGAUGUCACGAUGUGACGUCAUCCUCUGAACGAGAGCAUUCCAGCCUUACUUAUCUCACUGUUGUUGCUGGAGCUUGCACAAAGCAUCGGUAGCGAAUGCCUACUUAUACCACUAGUUUCUGUUUGUGUCAUGUAUUUACUAUAAGUUUCUGUCCGUUCCAUUAACAGAGUACCAUUGGAAAAGCACGUAUUAUUAUAUCUAUGUUUACAUACUCAUUUUUAUCCAAUUCUACUUUUAUCAUAAUACAUUUAUUUUAUAUGAAUUAGUAAGUCUGUGCUUUCCCAUGAUGCUCAGGACAAAAUGGAUUCCGGAUAUUGUAUUUAAAAUAAUGAAAAUAAGCUGCAUAGACAUACAAUAUAUAUGUUAUAGUGUUGUUCUAACCUCCCGACACUGACGGAUGCGCAUGAUAUAAUUGCUCAGUUCAUAAGCACUAAGAACUUUUACUAAUUACAUUUUUCUCACCAACUAGCCACAGGUUUCGUUCCGUAGACUGACCCACACACUAUACCACGCCCCUUUAUAUAUAUAGCAAAAACGAAUCUCUGUUGCAUCCUCAGCCGUGGAAGAGGGGGAAGACAAAAUACUGACGUGUUGUACAUUUUGAAGGAAUACAUGAGUGAUUUUAUCUGUUACUCUUUGUUGCCACUGUAAAAUUUGGCGACAAAGGUUUCUUUAUGUAAUAUACAUAUUAAAGAAAAAAAC